AAUAUAUUCAUUUAUUUUUCUAAACCUCAAUAUAUUACUCAACUCAAAAUUUUGGAAAACAUAUUUCAAGAGAAAAAAAAAUGAACAUAUGCGUACUUAAGCAAACAUAAGGUGUAGAUAGUACUCAAAUUAACCUAUUAACUAAUUCGAUAAAAAACCCAAGCCCGAACGAAAAGCUACAAAAUUUUCAGUUAUUACAAGCGGCAACUUGUCCCGCCUAUCUCCUUCUUCCCGCCAUCAAAACCCUCCUUUUAAUCAUUUCCGAUUCUCUUAUAUAACAAACACAGCCCUAUUAAUUCUCAUCAAUAUCAUUCACACUUCACUACUAUUCAAACCCUAACCUAACACAAACCAAAAACCAUGGUUCUUCCAUUCGAACCCUCAAAGCCCGUCAGAUUCUACGGCUCUAGCCUACCCCGUCCUCGAAUUCACGUCAACUCAGAUGGUAGCGACCGUGUAGACCCCCCUCUCUCCGUUACCGGCCCACUGAUGUCGUGGGCCGAAGAAGCCCACUGGUCCAUGGGCGGGCUCAGCUUCAAACGCCUCCGUCUCAUGGGUAAAAUCGAAGGCAAUGUUGAGAAACUCCGAACUCAACGCGAGAAAGAAUUUAACUCUUAUUCUCUCGCUCAUACCAAAAGCCCUAGCUCCGAUCUUCGCAGAUCUAAGGGUUCUGCUUCUCCUUCUCCUUCUCCUUCACCUUCACCACCGCCUGCUCCGUUUGCUUCAAAGCGUCGUAGACUUGAAACACUUCUUGAGGAAGAAGAGGAGGAGGUUAGGGUUUCGGAUCCUGUUAGUCGUGGAAGGCGUUUGGUGAAAAAGCUUGGUGAUGAUUUUGAUCGAGUUGCUUCUCCUGAGAAGAAGCGUUCUACUGAGGUGGUUGUUUCUGAUUCGGUGGCUGCUCCGGUGAAGACUCAGCGUCGGAGAUUGGUUAAAAUUGGUGAUGCUGUGAAGAAGGUUGUUGAAGCCAAGAAGGUUGUUGAAGCCAAGAAGGUUGUUGAAGCCAAGAAGGUUCUUGAAGAGGAAGAGAAAAACCCUGUUUCUGGGAUUAGGGUUAGAACUUCUUCCAGAUUGGUUAAGACAAGGUCAAAUUAGGGUUUUGUAAUAUAAAUCGUGUUUAACUCUUAUGUUUCAGUCUAAUUUUCGUUUCUUUUCUUUGUUUCUUCUAGAUUUUGAAGAUCUGUGUUUGUCUGUGAACUAGAAAAUGAAUAUAGAUUCUCUUUGAAAAUGUUUA